CAAGAAAGAUAGUACAAAAACAAAAAUAUACAGCAACACCUUUUAUAGUCAUUCAGAAUAUGCCGUCGUAUUUGGUUGAUAUUGCGUGAUGACUAGAAUACUGAUGUGGCGGUGGCGACGUGGAAAGAGAAAAAAGUCGUAAUGACGUGGCAAAAAUAUAUUGGUAUUACGUGGAUUGAACGUUGAACGAAACAUAUUUAGAAGGACCGCAUAAUUUGACCAAAAGUGAACAACGUCGGUCCGUCCACCAACUACUGAAAAAAAAUGGCGGAGGAGAAAGAUGCGACGGCGAGUGGCGAUGACGCCAUUAUAGUUAGCGGUAUGCAGUUUGCAUACGAAGUUGAGGAUCCUAUAUUCUUCGACUUCAACCUCGAUCUCCCAGCUGGCUCUCGCUGCCUUCUCGUUGGUGCCAAUGGAUCUGGCAAGACAACCUUAUUGAAGAUUUUGGCUGGAAAACAUAUGGUGGGAGGAAAAAACGUUGUACAAGUUCUUAGCCGUUCGGCUUUCCAUGAUACUCAACUUGUUUGCAGUGGUGACUUGUCUUAUCUUGGAGGUUCAUGGAGUAAAACCGUUGGUUCAGCUGGCGAGGUUCCUCUUCAAGGAGACUUUUCAGCAGAGCAUAUGAUAUUUGGAGUUGAAGGGAUUGAUCCUGUAAGAAGAGAAAAAUUGAUCGAUCUUCUUGAUAUUAAUCUUCAAUGGCGUAUGCAUAAGGUUUCUGAUGGGCAGAAACGGCGAGUACAGAUAUGCAUGGGUCUUUUACAUCCAUUCAAGGUAUUAUUACUCGAUGAGGUCACUGUGGACCUUGACGUCGUUGCAAGGAUGGAUUUGUUGAAAUUCUUCGUAGAAGAAUGUGAUCAGAGAGGAGCUACGAUUGUAUAUGCAACUCACAUAUUCGACGGGCUAGAGACAUGGGCGACACAUUUGGCCUAUAUUCAGGACGGUGAGCUAAAUGGUUUAUCGAAAAUGGCAGAUAUUGAGGAGCUGAAAAGUGCACCCAACCUCCUCUCCGUGGUAGAAUCUUGGCUCCGGUCUGAAAUCAAAGUCGUGAAGAAGAAGAAAAAGCCGGUGGCAGCAUGGAAACCGUCUCCACUCGAUAACUCUCCUUUCAGGUCAUCAAGACACAUGGCUUAUUACCGAUGAUUGGUAAUUCACAUAUGAACAAGGACACUUGGGAACAGAUGACAUUUUGUGUUUGUCUAGCUGCUGCAAUAUACUCUUGUGCUCGUUAAAGAAUAUAUAUGUAUGCGUACGUAUUGUUUUGACACCAAUUGCUGUCUUUUUUGUUGUAUUUGAAAUUUUUGUAUCAAUAAUAACAGCCAAAGGAAAAUGUAAUUUCUUUUAAAUUUUAAAACUUUAUUUUAUAAAA